ACAAAGAAAAAUGGCCUGCGAAGUUAAAACAUUUGGUAAUAUAUUAGAUUUUCGCAAAGUACAAGAAUAUUUUGGACUCGGUCAUGACGACAAAUGGCUAAAUGCUGUCAACUAUGCUGUAUCGAAGGAGACAAUAGCGCUGGCGCAGGGCGAAAAGUUGGCAUUCUUAACAACUUGCUGGAAUAGUCGCGGCAAUGAGAACACAUACGCCUUGAGCUGGUGCGGCGAACUGGAGGAUGCCAAUCAGAUUAUAACGAGUCUGACAUGCUUGCCCAUAACACAAAGCCCCAAAUCAGCCGACGUGGACUGGACCUGCGUCGCAGUUGGACUUGCCUCGGGCUUGGUAGUAUUUUAUACAGAUGCGGGUGUUAAACUAUUUUCUCAGUGUUUCCAGGAGGAGGCUGUGCUGGGCAUAAAGCUUUUAUCAGCGCCGCGUUAUUCGGAGGCUGAUGCGCUGCUCUAUAUAGUUUAUGGCAACUGCUUGUGCUUUAUCAACGGCCAAGAUAUACUGCCCAUGUUGGCGCACAGUCGCCAUCAGUUGCCCAAUUCCGAGGUAGUGCCUUAUCAAAAGUACAAGUUCAAGCGUGAACGUGAGUGCAUUAUCAAUGAUGCUGCCGUUUGCAGCACGCAACGCACCUGCAGCUUCGAUUACAUAGUGCAGCAGAGUCUGGCCUAUGGUUACUUUGCCAAAGUGCCAUCGACGCCAGCGCGCAGUGCUCAGGUGCUAGCAGCGGGCGCUGAGCCAUUUCUGGGAUUUUUUCAAGCUGAGCAAGGUUACAAAACGGUCAGCAUGCGUGAGGUGGCCAAGGAUGUGCUUGGCAUGGCAUACAAAAAUAUAAUGGGUGGACUUUUUCGACGCGAGCCCGAAGCUGCACAAACUCCACAGCAGGCAGAGCAGCAGCCGCUGCCAAUGCGCACAAGCUGUCGCCUCUACGAUGGCAAACGCGAUGGUCUCAAUCUAGCUAUAGCGCCUGGUGGCAAACUAGCUGCAGUUACUGAUAAUCUGGAUCGUGUAAUGCUGCUGGACACACAGCAGGCCAUUAUACUGCGCGUCUGGAAGGGUUAUCGUGAUGCGCAGUGCGCUUUUGUGCCUGUUAAGGAGAAAUCUAUGCGUGGCAUUAAAUCGCAGCAGCGCAAGGCACUUUUCCUGGUUAUCUAUGCGCCGCGUUUGGGCUGCCUGGACAUUUGGGCGCUGCAGCAUGGACCUAAGGUGGCUGCCUUUAAUGUUUCCAAGCAUGGCCAGCUGGUUUACAACAAUCACAGCGCACUGGGCGUAGCCAACAGCAAAGCGGCUGCACCUCAGCACUGCCUUUUUCUAGAUCCCAGCGAUGGCAGCCUCAAGGAGCUGCAUAUUCCAUUCCAUUAUGCGCUUAGCGAAACCAAUUCACAGACCUCGCGUGAUAUUCAUUUGCUGCGUCGACUGCGCAGUCAGCUGCGCACGCUGACACAUGCAGCUGAACCGGAAAGAUCACAGCAGCUGGCUGCCAUAGCGCAAGGUGGUGCGAAGCUGGAAACGCUUGAAGUGCGGCAGCAGUGUUUGGAAAUGCUGCUCAAAAGCAAACGGCUGCAGCCGGAGCUUUUCCAAGUGAUUAUUCGUUGCUUUGGCUGCAGGCAAGGAUGUGCAGGAUCAGGUGAAUUUCUGCAGCAAAUUGAAAACUACAAACGUUUGACGCAACUUUAUCUGACGCUCAUGAAUGUGCAAGAGCAGCAGCAGCAGCAGGAGAACGACGUGGCUGCACCACUUGAACUUUUGGAGCUAAGUGAUGCGGAUUUGGUUACUAUUAAUCAGCUGGUGCUGCUGCUGGACACUGAACCUGAGGCCAAACCAGCAACACGUGAGGUUAGCUUUCAGCUGCAGGGCACACAGCAUGCGCAGGAGUUUGUGGACUACUUGAGCAUAUUCAACAUAGACACAUCCAACUGCGUGUGUCUGCUGCCAGAGAUGUCGGAUAAGUUUGGCAGCGUAAGCAACGAACUGUUUGGACGCUUCUUUGCGCAAGGCUUGUGCUUUGAGCAGUUCAAGCAAUGGGCCGAGCAGGCGUGUAUACCCAGCAAGGAUUUGCUAACGCUGGUUAUCUACUUCUGGCUGGAUAAGCCCUUCAAGUACAGCAACUGUGAUGAGGUGGUGGCGGAUAUGUCACGCAUUGCCGCCAUGGUGCGCGCUAUAUGCGAGCUGGCUGGCGAGCAGAUACAUGACUAUGCCUACAAUGCCAUCUCACCCUGGUGGCAACAGGUGCGUGAGCUGCUGCUUGAGAGCAAACAGUUCUCUGGUUUGUUGGUCGCCAUUGUUUGCAAGACGGUAGCAACGCAGCUGUGGCGCAGCAGACGCGAUGGCAGCUGCGAUGAGGGCGUGGAGGAGGAGCACGAACGCUGGGAGCGCAUAUCACAUGACGAGGCGCAGUGGGGACUGCUUACAGGCAAACUGGAGGACGUUUCGGUGCUAGGCGCCAUACUGGGUCAAGCCAAGCUGUGUCGCGCACCUGUGGGACCUGAGCUCGCCUAUGAGCCGCCGGAUUGCAGCUUGAAGUGCAUUGUUAGCAGCGGCAAAGGGAUUGUGUCUGAGUUGACAGCCAAGUGGCUGAAUAGCUCACGGCUGCAUCCAAAGCUAGUGGUGGAAAUAACACCGCCUGAGAAUGAAACGGAUGAUGAGCAGCAAAAGCAAAGUAAACCAAAGCAAAUGCAGCAAAAGCCGCAGCAGCAACUGGAGCAAGAUGAAGAGCAAAUGGAAAUGGAACUGGAGCAAGGCGUUGAGCUGCAGCCUGCGGAGCCUUUCGAGCCUGUGCUGGAGCGCUUGGCGCUGCUGCGUGCGCAUUUUCCCUUUAGUCUGGAGUCCGGUGUGCUGCUCAGUUUGAUGGCCUGGCAGCAUAUGGUGCACUGGAGCAAGCAACCCGCCAAUUUGGAGCACAUGCGUGCUGCCUUGCGCUGCCUGGAGCAAUAUCGCACGCCAGAUUGGGCGCUUAAGCAUGGCAUCUGCUGCAUGGUGUGGCAUGCCACGCUCAAAUAUCCACUGCAAGCUGUGGCCAAGCUUAUGCAAAAGGUGGGCCGCCUGCCUGUGGAUAAAAUGUGCCAGCAGGAUCUGGAUAUGUCUGCUGGACUGGUGCCUGAAUUUCUGGAACUCUGCCUGGAGUUUUUGCAGCAUUUUAGCAGCUCGCUGGAGCAUGAGAAGCGUGAGCUGCGCUUUGAGCAAAACCUAAGCGAGGGUCAGCUGCCGUUGCAGUUUCUGGCGUUGCAGCAACACAAUGCGCUGCCCCAGCUGCUGCAGCUGCAGACGGAGCUGGUCAAUGUGCUGCACUUUAUAGCGCAGUUCCAACUGCGCUUGCCACGCCCACUGAGCACACUGUUCGAUGCGCUGGCCAACAAAGCGUUGCAAGCGGACAUCAACAAGGAACUGCCGUAUGUGCUGCCCGCACCAGAUCUCGUGCUGCAGGAGCAGCGCACAGCAUUUCUCUGCAGCGUGGUGUCAGCCACCAUGGAUCUGAUACGCGAGGAUUUGGAACAGCUUUACAUACUGGAUCAUGUCUACUACAUGUCCAAAAUAUGCGCCAUAGCCGACAGCUGGCAGUUGGAUAAGCUGCCCAUACUGCGACGACAGGUGGUGGAGCUGUAUGCAUUUGGCUAUGAUGCGGAGGCGCAGCUGCUGCUUGCCGACAUAAGCGAGGAUGAGGAGCUGGGACGUCAGCUGCUUGAAGUUGCUGGCAGGCGUUUGAAUCUUUAUGCCGAUGGCUCCAAGACGGCCUUUCUACAGAUUGCCUCCGUUGGACAGCAGCUGCUUGCCUAUUUGGAUAACUUGAAAGAGUUCACAUCGGAGCGCAGCAUUGCAAUUGCUGCUACCAAACCGGAGGAGAUUGAUAUCGUGCAACUGGAUAAACUGUUGAGCCAUGUCUACAAAUGCUUAAGGCAGCGCGAGUCCAAGCUGCUUGCAGUUGUCGCUCAGAUGUACAACGCCGUGCGAGUUCUGCAGCAAGCAUGAGUGUGAACAUUUAAAUUAAUUGCUGGCAUUGGAAGUUACAUAAAUAAAUUAUUA